AGGAGGAGGUUGUGAAUAAUGUGACAGGAUGUGGUUUCCCUGAGCUGGCAGAACAUCUGCGCGCGCUAAGCGGGGACUUGGAGCGUUUUCACCCCGCUCGCGGAGGACCGUGUUCAGCCAAGGGUGGAGACUGAGCACGGAACCGACGCCGCUUUCAAGCCGUCUAUCCUUCGUCCACGCGUGGGAUGCUUCUCUCCGCCUGACGCACGCACGCUCUCCACUUUGAUCCACCGCGAGAGGGUUGACGGUACACCGAGCGGCGUCAUGGGCUGUGGACUCCGUAAAAUGAAGCCCACCUCGGAGGAUAAGUCGCCGGGCAAGAUUUAUUCUACGUUGAAGAGACCUCAGGUGGAAACCAAGGUGGGCGUGGCCUACACGUACCGCUACUUGGACUUCCUCAUCGGCAAGGACGGCGGGACGUCCACGUUGCGUCUGUCGUCAGUGCGAGAGCUGCCGGAACAGUUGCAAGAGCUCUACCAGCAGGGUUUCCUCCUGGCGGCCAUCCACCCGUUCAUCCACCCCUGCGGCCCAGAGUCCAACAGCCUGCAACACCAACUCUACCGCGCCAUCUUGGUCCAGAGCAACGAUGUGGCGGACAGGAGGCAGGCGGCGGUGCGCCCGCCGUGCCGGCUGCAGCUGGAGCAGUGCCUGCCCGCCGAGCAGGCGCCGACGCCUGAGCUCAUCCAGGGAUACGUCAAGAAGCAGAUCCAAGACGCAGCCGACCAGGGCGUCACAUUCGUGGGCUUCGUGCAGGAACCCUACAGAGCCCCCUGCACCAUGAUCCCAGAACCAGACACCCCUUCGCUGUCCCUGCACUCUAGCCCCAGCUCCGUGCUCGGCUCUCUGGGCAGCUGCAGUCCCUCCGUCCCCUCCAGCCCUUCCUGCCACGGAGGUCCAGGAAAGGAGACAGACCCGUGCAAAAACUCUGGGAACCACUCGAGAGCCCAGGGCGACGUCUCAGCCACCUCGUCGCCAGUAUCAGAAGAGCUGACGGAGGAGGAGGAGUCGCCGUACCAUAACAACAACAAGGACAGAGCAACUGAUUCAAAGCAGAGGACCAGAUACCUCCAGAGAUCAUAUGGUGCUGAACUUCUGGCUUUGUACAACCACCCGGCAGUGCGCGAGGGCAGCACGGUGAAGUACUACACGGUCAAGGUACCGCUGCGGGUGCACGCUAGCGGUAACGCCGGCGGCGACGACAUCCGGGAGGUGGAGGCCAACUGGCUGGAUCACAUGACGCAGCACUUUAACAACGGCGCCUCGCUGGUCGACGGACACUUCCACCUGGGAAGCCUUCACGAUUUGCUUCACAAGUCGGUGGAAAGCGUCUUCGUGUUCCAGGAAGCGAGCGAAGGGGAGGCCCACGCGACCUACGACGCCAUCGUCGUGGAGCAGUGGACCCUCAUUGACGGUUUGCAGGUGAAGGCUGAUUAUGUUCCCCUGCUGCAGUCCUUAGCCAUGUACGGCUGGAGACUCACCUGUGUUCUGCCAACACCCGUCAUCAGGACCAACAGUGAUGGCAGUCUGGCCACCAAACAGAUUGUGUUCCUUCAGCGACCUGUCCUGGGUCGUAAGCAGAAGGAAUCCAAGAAACUGAUCUUCAAACCUCGUGGCAAGCCCACCAAGAACAGUAACAAAGACAAAAAUAGAAAGCCCAAACCUAAACAAGAUAAAGACAUCAAGAUUCCCAAUUACGUUGAAAAUGUUGGGAAUGAGGAAGAAGGGAAGACCCGAGAGAGCGUGAAACCGAAUGUGCAAGAUGGAAUAAUUGAAGACGCCAUCAAGGUAGAAACUAUCCAAACAAAAGAGGAAGCAGCUGAAGUAGAAGAGAGAGAAAAGGAAAUGCCCAAAGCUCACAAAGCAGGAUUGAUGGAGACUUUGGAGAGGAAAGACACCCAGGAUGUGACAGAAACUGCUGCCGGGAUCGAAAAUGAGGACAAGACCACGGCGGAGCAGGAAGUUGAAGCUUUAGUGGAAAAUGGCGUGGAAAUGGAAGAAAAAAAUGAAUCUAAAGAAGAGCAGAACAAGUGCAAGACUGAAGAGUCGGUCGUCCUCGAUGUCACUGCCAAGGACACGGUGGUGGAUUCACAGUCCCCAACGAUGAAUAUAAUCCCACAAGAGUAGCCUAAAAUUAUGAAAACCCUACCUCUAAAACCUCAAACUCAAGACAGGGUUCACAACGGCAAAUUUUUGAAGCUUGGGAGCGUCAUAAGCUGGCACGACCUCUAAAACUAUCAUUUUUCAUCCACCAACUCUGCUGUAUAACCACACUUUGUGAAUGUACCAUGUAUCCUAGGAGGACCUGAAGGGACCAGAUGACAAUGAUCGGUCUACCCCGAGAACUGCAGUCUCUUAGCUGGCUUGCAAACCUUCUGAAUUUUAAGGAACAGGGCGUGCUACAUGAUUAAUGUAUGUGCAUUGCUGUUGGACUCUCGGUGAGGUCUUCUUGCUUUUAGAAAAGUAUUUAGCGAGAAGAUGAAUUUAAAGUCAUCGGGCAAUGAUGAAGAACACUGGCCAAACUCUGUUGUACUACUGACUGCCUAAAGACAGCAAAGACUCUUGAUUCAUUCAGUUCUGCUUGAUUCGAAGGAUUGCUUGGACUCGAGGGCCUACACCGGGGGAGGAAUUUUGUUUGCGACAGACAAUCCAAAGUAGCGUCAAGGGAACUUCGGAGCGACGCGACAAUGACGACUACACUCACCUUGCGUACAGAAUGUUACGAAGUAGCGGAUGUGAAAUUCGCGGGAAUGUGAUGUAGCUUUUUGACCUUCGAGGAUGUAUUCCCGUUUAGUGUUUCUCAUCCGCCAAAAGAAAGUCAGUUGUACCAUUCCCUCUGGGCUAAAGAUUAGCAUCAUUUACAAUUGUGGUGUCCUUGCUGUGGGCGUGAGUUCAAAUACAAGGAGUCCUCGGUUCACAAUCGAGUUAAGUGGCUACUUAACAAUAUGAAUAUUUCAUUCUUUGACGAAAUGGACGUAUUUUUGUCUUAGUUAGGACGCACCGGGCAGUGUUUGUGUGGUAGACUCAAAUAUUUAUGCCCCACCGUAGAGCCUCAAAGGACAGCCGUAAACUAAAGUCUUGGGAAUGUCUACAUAACAUAAAUUUGUAAGAAAACCAGAACACGUUGGGGGCUAUCACAAACCUAAAAUCAUAAUUACAGUAAAUAUUAGUCUGAAAAAUAAUUCUUUGUCAUGAAUAUAGAGUGUGGGCACUUGGAAGCUAAUGCUACACCCUGUGAGGAAAUACCUUAAUAUGAAUAUUGGAAAGUACUGGAGCAGUAUUUACUACCUUUGAAAUUGUGUGAAUAACCAGAUCUUGAAUGAUUUUUGAGGUGUAUUCUCAACCUUGCUCUUAAAUUGAGGUCAAAUUAUAUAUAUGUAUUCAUCGUAAUAAAACAGGGAGUCCUCGGGUUAAGACGGUCUCGACCUAAGACGUUUCAACUUUAAGACGCCCGUCGCCCGUCCGCCAUUUUGUCUAAUACUUGUCCGUGUUUGUGUGCUGGGAGUAACUUCGCCCUCCUUUUUCGACAUUAUCGCCCCAAAGAAGAAAGCUGUGUCUUUUAGCAAUGCUUCUGUAGCCAAAAGAAAAUCCAUUACCAUGGAAACGAAGCUCAAGAUCGUAAAAAGAUCGGAGAAAGGAGGAGACAACAACACCACCAAGGCUUCAGUCAGUCAACAGUGGUGACAAUUAUCAAAGACAAAGCCCGUAUUUUAGCGCAUGUGAAGGGUUCUGUUCAAUGAUCGCAAAACAAGGUUCUUUGAUACCUGUCGAGAUGGAGAGGAUUGAGGAACAGGUUCCUUUGCAGUUGCUAAGCACCGCCUCCCCUUCUUCUUCUCCGUCCACCUCUCAGCAGUCAUGCUAAGUACGUCACCGUGUUUAUUUCAAUGUAUUUGUUUUUUUAUACAAAGUAUUUUGAUGUAAAUUCUGACUUUAACGGUGGAAUCCCACUUAAGUGGAAAUUCGAGUUCAGUCGCUACUGCAGGAACGGAUCUCAGUCGUCGACCGAGACGUACACUUGUCUACUUGUCUACUUGUCUUGUCUGUGUACACCCUUGUACACAGCAUCUUUGGUUUACAACAAAGUUUCGUUUCUCCACUAGCAAUGUAACCCGAUUUUGUCCCAAAAAUCAAGCUAGUAACCUGCGCUAACCGUAGUCGUCUAUUACAUUAAACCUCUGUAUCAAAUAUACUAGUAAGCCGUAAGCAUUUUUUAAAAAAUGAAAUGCAAAGGAGUAAGUGUGGCUCUAAUUGACGUAUUGUUACGCCUUUGUACAAACUAGUUCGUUGUAUGGCAUUCGUACAAGUAGUAGUAUUUGGCUCGCCAUCACAAGGAUUUCAUAUAUUUGACAAUAAAUUUCACAUCAAAGCAACCCCCCUCAAAAAAAAAAAAAUUACUUUUAUGAAAACUACAUUCAUGCCUUGAAACUGCCUACCUGGGUGCCGUGGAUCGUUCAUUUGGUGGCUGAUGGGUUUUGUCGGUUGGGCAUGUCAGGAACAGAAAUCAUGCCUGUAUCAUAUAAAAAGGGGGGGGGGGGCUGGUCUGUGAUUAUUGUCAUUCAUCUAGGUCAUUUCAUUCGUAGGUUCUUGACUCAAUCGCAACAGGACUGUUCUGUUUGUCUUAGAAGACGUUCCGCCCGUCAUCCAAGCUGGCUUCAUAUGGCGACGCUUAGUAAAGGUGCGCUAGCCGGUGUAUGUGUGGAAGAAAAAUGUUUGUUUUUGCGAAGUGGCCCGCUUGCCAUUGCGACCGAGUGGCGGGCCGGGCUACCUCCCUCGCUGGAGAUUUGGGGGCUCUUGGUUUUGAACUGAAGGUCUGCUCUGCGCCCUUCCUUGCGGCAAAGUCUGAGGUCAUCCUGAGUGGCAGCUGGAGUUCAAGGGUCACGUUUGGCCUUCAGAUUGAUUUUUCCAGAGGAGAAGCACUCUAAUUGUGAGCCGAGAUGUGAAGUGUGAUUAAAUUCUCUCACUCGUGAGUUUGUUUUUUUUUUGGCUAUUCUUGCAUUUGUUUAUUUUGUUUUACAAUUAUUUUAUCCAAAUAACAUAAGUUUUAUCAUGGUUCCUCGCUUUCCAUAAAGUUGAGGAAACAAUUCAGUGUCACCACCAUAUUUCAAAUUAUAACAUUAUGAUUAAAGUGAUCGAGCAAUAAUAAAAAUAUUGGAAUAAAACUUACUUAGAAUAUAUUUUGCUAAGGGAAGAAUAAAUACUUUGGCAAGAGUUUUUGUCUGCAUUAAAAAAUUUUAAUUUUGGGCCAUCCAUCCAUCACAUCCUGGUAAAUGUUGACAUUAUGAAAACUGCUCAUUUUUAACUACAAUUGUGGUAUUCAGCAUACUAUUUUGUCAGAAACAAGACAUCAAUCCUUAUAACUGUCGACAAAUUUCCUUUAAAACUGGCAAUUUCUGUGACGAUUUCAUGCAUUUUCAAACAUCCAUCCAUUUUCUUAGCCGCUUAUCCUCACAAGGGUCCCGGGUAAUUCUGGAGCCUAUCCCAGCUGCCAACGGGCAGAAGGCGGGGUACACCCUGAACUGGUUGCCAGCCAAUCACAGGAAUCACAUGGAGACAGACCACAGUCACAGUCAGAAUCACACCUAGGGACAAUUGAGAGUGUCCAAUUAAUGUUGCAUGUUUUUGGGAUGUGGGAGGAAACCUGAAUGCCCGGAGAAAACCCACGCAGAGACGGGAAGAACAUGCGAACCCCACACAGGUGGGUCAGGGAUUGAACCCAGGACCUCAGAACUGUGAGGCCAACACUUUCCAGCUGAGAGCCACCAUGCCGCCCAUUUUCAAAUUCAAAUUUUCUUUUUUUUUUUUGUUCCCAUUCGUAGCCAAGUACAACUGCUGUGCCAGGGGGAAAAAAAAAUCUUAAAUAAGCAUUUCGCAAUUUUACAUUUUCAAAUUUCCACAGAUGUAUCGGAAAAUAAGCAAAAAUUUUGCAAGACAAGGUGAGAAUGAUUUCAUAGUAUGAAAACAAUAAGGGAAAAAAAUAAAAUGUUUGUAAAUACUUUGUGUUUGUUUGAACCGAUGGGGUCACGGCAUAUAGAACUCUGUGAAUUAUUUCAGUUUCAUGAAGAAGGGGUUAGGGUCAGACUAAUAUAACCCAAAUAAAAUUAAUGCUCUUUGAAAUGAUUUCAUUUAUUUUUUGGGGCAAAAAAAACUAUUCAGUUACCUAGACCUGUGUGGAAAAAGUAAUUGUGCCCUAAAAGAAAACCGUAUCUAAAGAAUAAUUAAUAAUUCACAAACUGAAAUAUAAAUGACUGAAAAAAUGUGGAUGAAUUAACAUUUAGCUUAAUUUAUUUCAACAAUUUUUUUAGUAAAGACUUGAUGGCAUAUGGAAGACAGUCAGAGAAUAUUUUUGUACUUGGCUCGGCGUUCUUUCUAGAAUUCUCUCGUGUUUCUCGCUUUUUCUAUCAAAUAGCUAACACAGAACAUUGUUGCAUUGUGUUAAAAGUGUUCGUCAAGGGAAAGGGAAUAACAAGCCUCCCGGUCUGCUCGGCAACACAAGGACAAGUUGGGGCAAUAUUGGCGUAAAUUUCCGUCAAAAGUCAGGCUUUCCGGGAAAAAAAAAAAAGCAUAAGCAUAAAAUAAGUUUCGCCUUGUUUGCUUUUGCUCUGUGGUGGCUUAUUUGAGAAUCACAAUGAAAAUAUUUUGUUUUUGGUUUAUUGUGUGCGACUGCUAAGUAAGUCUUCAUGUGACCGAAGAAAGUGUAUUGUACUGCGUGCUUUUAUUUUGAAGGUGCGGCCUUUGACGGGAUGUCUUACAUUGAUGUUACCAAAGUGUCCGACCAAGGUUUCGCUGUACUUGAGCUUCAUCACGCGGCAACAAUAUCAUUAUUCCAUACAACUAUGCGAUACAUAACUGUAUCACCCACAAAAAUAUACUACAUGAAUUAUGACUUUUACAAAAGUGAUGGGAAAAAUGUGGUAUUGUUUAGAUGUGCAGGGUUGACAGUACACAGAGAAAUUAUAGACCGGCACCCUUGACUUCACCAGAUAUUGACGUUAAUACUUGAUAGUACUGUAGCGGUGCCGUGUCAUGAUGAAUAUGAUCCGCUGCAAUGUCGACGAUGACAGAAUAAAAAUACAAUCAUGUUCGUGUUUAUAUUUGCAUUGUUGGCAGUAGACAGGCGGGUUAUGAAUCUUCACACCUGGCAAAGAUUAAUAUGUCAUGGUGGGGUAUCAAUACCGUAUCGUGACAAAACAGUACAUGGUGAUGUCGAUGUCAAAAAACGUAUAGGAAGUUUUCCGUUUUGCCUUAUUAUUCACUUUCAAAUUUUCCAGGACUUUAAUAAAUAUUACAUUUAUGUUUUGUUUAUAUCCCCCCCCUUCCUCCAUGUUAAUCCUGUCAAUCACCAAGAUCCUUGGCCUGGCCUCGCUACGGUGACAUUAUCAAGGUCACAUGAUCGCCAUUUAUUUGUCUAACGUUCCAUUCAGACACGCGUGAACGGUUGUAACUUUCACAAACAGACUAGCGGAACGCCAUCUUUUCCCCGAUAAGGGAGCUCCGAGACCGGCUUCGCUCUUUUGUUUUGCAUUAGGGAGAAAAUGUUUGAAUAUUUCAUCUUUGCAGUUGCCUGUUUGUGUCGGAAAAGCUAACGUGCCAGUGAUGAUGUAAAAGUAUUCUUUAUCUUAAUGCCGUCCUGUCCGUCCACGUCGUUAUUAUGGUUAACCGCCCACCGCCGCAUCUGUACAAUUUGUAUAUUAUAAAAAAUAUUUAUAUUUAAUGUCUGUGUGUGCUUCUUUAUUGCGACAAGGAACUGAUGGCCUUUGAUGCAAAUUAAAGUCUGUUAAUAAUAGUGAUUUAGCAAUAAUUUUUAAAAUGUGAAGGCAAAAUACACAGUUCUUGAACCCUUAAAAUUGCUGCUAACCAAAAAAAGACAAAAAAUAUUUGAAAUAUUUGAAUAAAUAUAAAUACAUACAUUAUAAACAAAUAUAAAUUUUAUAUAAUACAUUAUAUAUUACAGUGCACAAAGAAUAUAUAUGUAUAUAUUAAUAUAUUAAUGUAAUUAAUAAUAUAUUAAUUUCAACCAGUUCCUGCACCAGUUAAAUUUCAAAUGGAUUGAAUAUUUUAUGGGUUUUUUUUCCACAACCAAAUUUACUGUAAUUAAAAAUAAGGAAAGAAAGCAAUGAGAGCAUGUGUAGAAUUUUCUGCUCUAAAUAGCAAGAAAAGUGUAUUUAAAAGAAAAAAAAAUCUGAAAUUCUCAUUGUAUAUCUUUUUUAUGUAAUUUAGCGGAUCAUAUUCAUCAUGACACGGCACCGCUACAGUACUAUCAAGUAUUAAUAUCAACCACUUCCUGCACCAGUUAAAUUUGGGUUUUUUUUACACAACUAAAUUUACUGUAAUUAAAAAUAAGAAAAAGGAAACCAAUGAGAGCAUGUGUAGAAUUUUCUGCUUUAAUAGCAACAAAAAGUAUAUUUAAAAAAAUUAAAUAAAAAGUAUGAAAUUCUCAUCGUAUGACAUCUUUUUUAUGUUAUUUACAUUCCACAAAAAUAAACAAAAUAUAUUAUUUCAACCAGUUCCUGCACCAGUUAAAUUUCAAAUGAAUUGAAUAUUUUGUUUUGUUUUUUUUACACAACCAAAUUUACUGCAAUUAAAAAUAAGAAAAAAGAAACCAAUGAGAGCAUGUGUAGAAUUUUCUGCUUCAAAUUGCAACAAAAAGUGUAUUUUAAAAAAAAGUAUGAAAUUCUCAUUGUAUGACAUCUUUUUUUAUGUAAUUUACAUUGCACAACUAAAUUUACUUUUAUUUAAAAAAAAUUUAUCUGGAAGUUGUAUGAAUUCUAAAAUUGUCAGGAAAAGGCAAAACUUAUUAUUUUAUUAUUUGACAGGUUUAUGUAAUUGACUUGUGAGAGGCCCCAUAGCUCAGUGGUUAGAGCACUGGUUUGGUAAACCAGGGGUUGUGGGUCCAUAUCCCACUGGGGCCUCCACUCCCUGAGUAGGGUA